AAUCAGCAGCGCCCGGGGCAGGAGCGGCGCUGAGCCGUGCGCAGGCUGCAGGGGCGGAGGUUUUGCACUCGCUCUCGCCUGGCCAAGGAUAAAUAGGAGGCGGCUGCGAGUCCUGCCAAAGCUCCUUCUCGUCGCCCAACGCGUCCUGCAGCAGGCACCCAGCCCAGCCCGACAUGGACUCUCAGGAUUGCCCUUGUGCCACAGGUGGCACCUGCACCUGCGGGGAUAACUGCAAAUGCAAAAACUGCAAAUGCACAUCGUGCAAAAAAGGCUGCUGCUCCUGCUGCCCAGCUGGAUGUGCCAAGUGUGCACAGGGCUGUGUCUGCAAGGGGCCCCCCUCUGCCAAGUGCAGCUGCUGCAAAUAGGGGAUCCCUGGCUGGACAUCUGGGGAUGAUGCACAUCCGGGGGGGCCCAAAGAAGAAUAAUCUUAUUGUGUAUGUUGGUUGUCUUUUUUUUAUAUAUGUGUUCAGAUUUCUUUAGUGUUUGUCACUUUGACAUGUAAUUAGGUACCUAAAUAAAGUGAUAUGUAUAUAAAGGUC